AUGUUUCAUAAAUAUGAUAUCCUGGCAAGUGAAUUAGAAAUCAUUUACAAAGCCAAAGUCAAAAUACUUCCGAUUGUCAUUACCUGGGAUGCAAUCACCUCCAAGUAUUUUAAAAUAUACAUGGAUUUGAUUGGCAUUAAAGACAGUGUUCUGGCAUACAUCCAAACGAUUGCAUUAAAGAAGACGUUGGAAGGAAUGUUCGUAGAAUAUAAACAUGGUUUCGAAGACGUAAUGACUAAAGCAUUGAUUCUCAACAAAGAUUAUGCAGUGUGGAACACUCACCAAAGGGGAGCCAACUCGAUGAAGAGGAGACAUGAUGAGGUGACAAAAAACGAAUACUCUGAGGAAGGACAAAAUAAUAGCAAGAGGAUCACGAAAGAUGAUGGUGCUGUUCAGGGAGGCCCAAGACCAGUAAAUUGA